AUGGAAGAAUGCCGACUGUUACGAAUGCAUGAGUGUCAGCAGUGCGGUAAGCGAUUUAAAGCACGUGGCGGUUUGCAGCAGCAUUUGCGUAUACAUUCGAACGAUCGUCCUUAUCAAUGUCGUUAUUGCCCUAAACGUUUUACACAAAAAUCACAUGUGGAUCAACACGAGAGAAUCCAUACAGGUGCGAAACCAUUUUCCUGUCAGUUUUGUGGACGAGCCUUCAGGCAGCGUUCUCAACAGCUUGGACACGAAUCAACUCAUGCAAGUGGGCCUCUCUCAGUGAAUGCACAUUUGCCACAUGCAGGCUCUCAUCAUAUAAAAUUUGAGCCGACAAAUGCUGAUCAAGGAUGCAACCAAGCAACAACGGUUGCAAGCGCAGAUGCUAGUAGUGUGGAGCGAAGUGUAGCAGUGCAACAGCAGGCAGCUACAGUCGCCGCCACAGUAGUAGCAGUAGCCGCACAGCAGCAACAAAAUCGCCUAAAUAGUUCAGAAAGUAGCGGUCUUAAUUUGAUGUCACCAAAUGGUACUGGUGGAUUAGCUCAUAGUGCAGUCAGCUCAUUACUGGCAUUGAGUCAGCAGCAAGGAAUGGUAGCAAUGUCUCAGACUGCGCAACAAACCAUCGCUGAUGCAAUCACAGUGAGGAAUAGCACGGUUUGA